GGAAGGGCCGGGCCGGGCCGGGCCGGGCGAGCCGCGGCGGCGGGCGAGGGGCGGCCACUCGAGCAGCGCCCGCGCCCGCUGAGCGGCAGCACGGCCGCGCCGGGCCCCCGCGUCCCCUCGCCGCCGCCCCGAGGCCCCAUGGCGGGGCUCUCGCUGCCGCCGCCGCCGCUGCUGCUGUCGCUGCUGCUGCUGCUGCUCCCGCCCGCCGCCGCCUCUCCGGCCCCGGAGCAGCCGUCGUGCCACGGCGCCUUCGACCUGUACUUCGUGCUGGACAAGUCUGGGAGCGUAGCGCAGAACUGGCACGAGAUAUUUGAUUUUGUGCAUCAACUGACGGAAAGAUUUGUGAGCCCCAAGAUGAGAUUAUCCUUUAUCGUGUUUUCCUCCCAGGCACAAGUCAUUAUGCCAUUAACUGGAGACAGAGGGAAAAUCAAGCAAGGUCUUAAGGAUUUGGAGGAGGUGAAACCAGCCGGUGACACAUACAUACAUGAAGGAUUAAAACAGGCCAAUGAUCAGAUUAAGCAGCAUGGAGCAAAGUUUUCUAGUAUCAUCAUUGCAUUGACAGAUGGCAAGCUAGAUGGCCAGAUUCCCUUGUAUGCAGAGAAGGAGGCAAAGAUAUCCAGAAGUCUAGGGGCUAGAGUUUACUGUGUUGGCGUCCUGGAUUUUGUGCAACAACAGCUUGAAAAAAUUGCUGACACAAAAGAGCAAGUCUUCCCUGUCACUGGAGGAUUCCAAGCACUUAAGGGGAUCAUCAAUUCUAUACUGAAGCAAUCAUGCACUGAGAUUUUAUAUUUGGAACCAUCCAGUGUCUGUGUGGGAGAGGAGUUCCAAGUUGUUCUUAGAGGAAGUGGCUUAACCCUUGGUGGAAGAACCGAUGGCAUUACUUGCACCUACCACGUGAAUGGAACUACCAUCCAUGAAAAACCCAAAAAGGUGGAAUCAGAGUUUUUGCUGUGCCCUGCACCAAUCCUAUACAGAAGUGGCCAAACUCUAGAAGUUUUGGUGAGUUUGAAUGAAGGGCAAUCUUUCAUGUCCAGCUCAUUAACAAUUACCGCUUCAGAGUGUUCUAGCGGAGUAGCAGCACUUAUUGCUGUUCUUGUGCUGUUACUUCUGGUGGCGCUUGGCCUGCUCUGGUGGUUCUGGCCCCUCUGUUGCAAAGUGGUCAUCAAAGAUCCCCCUCCACCUCCACCAGCUCCAAAAGAGGAAGAAGAACAAGAACCCUUGCCUACCAAGAAGUGGCCCACAGUGGAUGCUUCCUACUAUGGUGGACGAGGAGUUGGAGGAAUUAAACGGAUGGAGGUUCGCUGGGGUGAUAAAGGAUCCACUGAAGAAGGGGCUAGAUUAGAAAAGGCAAAAAAUGCUGUGGUGAAACUCCCAGAAGAACCAGAAGAACCUUUUCAUCCUAAGCCACCUAAACCAAAGCCUACCUCACCAGUCAUUCAGGAGAAGUGGUAUACGCCAAUUAAGGGUCGACUUGAUGCACUGUGGGCGCUGUUACGAAGACAGUAUGACAGAGUCUCUUUGAUGCGACCACAACAAGGAGACGAGGGCCGAUGUAUUAACUUCACCCGAGUUCAAUCUCAGUAGAGGAGGAGAAGAGGAUACAAGGAGGAAAUACAGCCACAUUGCCACUUUUCGACCAAGCAGAGAGAACUGAGCACUGCCCCGUGUUUCUUGGACGAAGCCUCAACUCAGAAGGUUUCUGCAUUCCCCCCUUCCAGGAGCCAGCAUUGCUGUGCCAAGCUCUUAUGUUUCACCACCGUGCACUCCCGCUCCGUGACUUGCGACAGUGACAAGCAGCAUUGACUUGCAUGCCUCUGCUUUCGUAGAACACAAAGGGAGAACACAGACAACCAAAGAUAAUAAUGUUUUUUUUUUUUUACUUUUGUUAUUUUUUUAAGGACUACAGAUUCUCAGGACAUAAUGUGCUUUUAGCAGAGAUGCAGUUUCUCAGAUGCGAGGAUGGCACGUGUUAUGUAAAUAGGGACUGCUUGCCAAAGGCGGAGGAUAAAGCUUCCCACCAGGCUAAGCAAACGCAAGAGUUCACUGCCUUACAGCGAUGUCAGAUCACAAAACCCUUCCGAGUCUCCCAUCGCAUUGUGCCUUACGGGAACCUUCUGACUGGAAAUCUUGUCAUUCUAACACUGAAAAGUGCACACGCAUGACAAAAUGUAGACAGGAUGCCUCAAGGUAUUGGUAGCAAGCAAGACUUUGCCCUUUAGUUUUUGAAGACACCUUUCUUUCAUUAUGCACCCGGGACAGGAAGAAAAUUAAUAGAGCGUUAUUCCAUGGGAAGACAGCCUGUAACCAGAGAUCUUGAGCGGAGUUGGAGGGACUGAUGCUUCAAGACCUUGACACUGUGGCUGGUGUUUUUUUUCCCCUUCCUGCAUUCGAAGUUCAGUAGCGCAUAAAACAUCAUCAUCUAUAAACAUACCUAGCAGUAGUAGGCUUAUGUAUUAUUUUUUUAAAAAUUAAAAAAGCAGUAGCCACUAAGCUGGUAUCUCAGGGUUUUUCUCCCCCCGAAUCUCCAAGGGCUCUUCAGCGUCACAAGCCAGCAACUCUCUUUGCAUGAGAAUUUCAAAGUUUAAUUAAUAUAAUUAAAGGCAACAGCAAGCAGCAGCCUGUGAAGAUUUUGCUCAUCUUUUUUAUGCCUUUUGACAUUGAAUGACCUAUUACUGUAUGUGCAUUACUCGGUUUUCAAGGGGGCACCGAGCAUUGGUUGAGAUUCAGCAGUGGAAAAAGACCUCCUUCCAUCAAUUUAGAAAUUAAAUUUACAGGAGCGCCGGCCAUCACAAAACAUUGACAAUGUAUGUAUUAUAAUUUUUUAGAAAAACCAGUGUCGUGUCACGUCGACGAUGCCAAAUUAUGUUAGCGUGAGCGGAAACACUGUGGGGGAGGAAGGAGGGAGCAGCUGAAGAAAAAGGCUCAAAUGAUCCAGUCACUUUCGAUACUGUACUUCAGAUGCAAAAUGGAUAUUCGAGUCGAAACCUGACAAAGCGCGCCUGCUUUGAUGGGAACUGGUAUAGACAAUGACCAGUGGCUGGGUCAGUGGGAUGUCUCUCUGCGAGCAGGGAGGCUUAUCAAAUGACACUAAAAAUAAGUUCAACAACCAUCACGUUUGAGGGGAAAAGGCGAACAUAUCACAUUUGGUGGGCAUGAAUGUGUGCAAGAUGGAAAGAGCAAUGCGAUGCAUCCUGGUCUAAUUAUCUCCUUUGUGCUCUUCACUGAAAUUGCAAGGGACAUAAAUAAUUCUGUUGGUCGAUGUCCAAGUUCGUGGCACCGCCCAAAGAAGCCUACACAUGUAUCCACUUGCUUACAUCUUUUGCUUGAGUUUAUUUAUGUCACUGGUAGCCUCAUCAUCAACAGCCAUGUGUGCACAUUAUGCUAUGAAUAAAACGAUUACCUAAG